AUGAUUUUGAACCUACUCCGGGCUUUUUGGGGGGUCUUCUUUAUUUUCUGGACAGCUUUUAACACAGCCCUAGUGGAUGUGGUCGGAUCGGAGCAGCAGAUCCCCUUGUCGGUUGUAAAGCUCUGGGCCUCAGCUUUUGGUGGGGAGAUCAAAUCCAUCGCAGCUAAAUACUCAGGUUCCCAGCUUCUGCAGAAGAAAUACAAAGAAUACGAGAAGGAGGUUUCAAUAGAAGAAAUUGAUGGCCUUCAGCUUGUGAAAAAGCUAGCAAAAAGUAUGGAAGAAAUGUUUCAUAAAAAGUCUGAAGCUGUACGGCGUCUUGUUGAAGCUGCAGAGGAUGCUCACUUGAAACAUGAAUUUGAUGCUGAUUUACAGUAUGAAUACUUCAAUGCUGUUCUCAUAAAUGAACGAGAUGAAGAAGGAAACUUUUUAGAACUGGGGAAGGAGUUCAUUCUAGUGCCAAAUGACCACUUCAAUAAUUUGCCUGUGAACAUUAGCCUGAGUGACGUCCAAGUACCAACCAAUAUGUACAACAAAGAUCCAGCUAUCGUAAAUGGAGUCUUUUGGUCAGAAUCCUUAAACAAGGUGUUUGUCGAUAACUUUGACCGUGACCCUUCUCUCAUAUGGCAGUACUUUGGAAGUGCAAAGGGAUUUUUUAGACAGUAUCCAGGAAUUAAAUGGGAACCAGAUGAGAAUGGAGUUAUUGCAUUUGACUGCAGAAAUCGAAAAUGGUACAUACAGGCAGCUACUUCUCCAAAAGACGUGGUUAUUUUAGUUGAUGUCAGUGGCAGCAUGAAAGGACUCCGUCUGACAAUUGCUAAGCAAACCGUAUCAUCUAUUUUGGAUACCCUUGGAGAUGAUGACUUUUUCAACAUAAUUGCUUACAAUGAAGAACUUCACUAUGUAGAACCGUGUCUGAAUGGAACAUUAGUACAAGCAGACAGAGCCAACAAAGAGCACUUCAGGGAACACCUCAACAAACUUUUUGCAAAAGGAAUUGGAAUGCUGGAUAUAGCUUUAAAUGAAGCUUUCAACAUUCUCAGUGAUUUCAAUCACACAGGACAAGGGAGUAUUUGCAGUCAAGCCAUAAUGCUGAUCACGGAUGGUGCUGUCGACACGUAUGAUACAAUAUUUGCAAAGUAUAAUUGGCCAGACAGGAAGGUUCGCAUGUUUACCUAUCUGAUCGGAAGAGAAGCUGCUUUUGCUGACAACCUCAAAUGGAUGGCCUGUGCUAACAAAGGGUUUUUUACUCAGAUCUCUACAUUAGCUGACGUGCAGGAGAACGUCAUGGAAUACCUCCAUGUUCUUAGCCGACCAAAGGUUAUUGAUCAAGAGCAUGAUGUGGUAUGGACUGAAGCAUAUAUCGACAGCACUCUCCCUCAGGCUCAAAAGCUUGCUGAUGAUCAGGGAUUGGUUUUGAUGACCACUGUUGCCAUGCCAGUAUUUAGUAAGCAAAAUGAGACUAGAUCCAAAGGGAUUCUUCUGGGAGUAGUUGGCACAGAUGUUCCAGUUAAAGAACUUCUAAAGGCCAUUCCAAAAUAUAAGUUAGGUAUUCAUGGAUAUGCUUUUGCAAUUACAAACAAUGGAUACAUUUUGACGCAUCCAGAACUCAGACCAUUGUAUGAAGAAGGAAAAAAGCGAAGAAAACCCAACUACAGCAGUGUUGAUCUUUCUGAGGUUGAGUGGGAAGACAGAGAUGAUGUGCUUCGAAAUGCAAUGGUGAAUCGGAAAACAGGGAAAUUUUCUAUGGAGGUGAAGAAGACAGUGGACAAAGGGAAACGGGUAUUGGUGAUGACAAAUGACUACUAUUAUACAGACAUCAGGGGUACUCCUUUCAGUUUAGGUGUGGCUCUCUCUAGAGGACAUGGCAAAUAUUUCUUCAGAGGGAACGUAACUAUAGAAGAAGGUUUGCAUGAUUUAGAACACCCUGAUGUAUCUUUGGCAGAUGAAUGGUCAUAUUGCAACACUGACGUACAUCCUGAACACCAUCAAAUGGCUCAGCUAGAAGCUAUUAAACUCUACCUCACAGGAAAAGAGCCAUUGCUUCAAUGUGAUAAAGAAUUGAUACAAGAAGUUCUGUUUGAUGCAGUGGUGAGUGCACCAAUAGAAGCUUAUUGGACCAGUCUAGCUCUAAAUAAGUCAGAAAAUUCUGACAAGGGAGUGGAAGUUGCCUUUCUUGGAACCCGGACGGGUCUAUCUCGUAUCAACCUGUUUGUGGGACCAGAGCAACUUACUAAUCAAGACUUCCUGACAGCUGAAGACAAAGAGAAUAUUUUUAAUGCUGAUCAUUUUCCACUCUGGUACAGAAGAGCCGCUGAGCAGAUACCAGGCAGCUUUGUCUAUUCAAUCCCAUUUAGUACAGAAACAGCAAACAAAAGCAAUGUGGUGACAGCUAGUACUGCCAUUCAACUUUUAGAUGACAGAAAAUCUCCAGUGGUUGCAGCUGUAGGUAUCCAGAUGAAACUUGAAUUUUUCCAGCGGAAGUUUUGGACUGCCAGUAGACAGUGUCCAUCUCUUGAUGGAAGAUGUUCUAUAAGCUGUGAUGAUGAAGCAAUUAACUGCUACCUCAUAGAUAACAAUGGAUUUAUUUUAGUAUCUGAAGACUACAGACAGACUGGGAACUUUUUUGGUGAGAUCGAGGGGGCUGUGAUGAACAAAUUGCUAACAAUGGGCUCCUUUAAAAGAAUUACACUUUAUGACUACCAGGCCAUGUGUAGAACAAACAAAGAGAGUAGCGACAGUGCCCAUAGCUUACUGGACCCUUAUAAUGCCUUCUUUGCUGCAGUAAAAUGGAUAAUGACUGAACUUGUCGUGUUCUUGGUGGAAUUUAAUUUGUGCAGUUGGUGGCACUCAGAUUUAACAGCAAAAGCACAGAGAUUGAAACAAACCCUAGAGCCUUGUGAUACUGAAUAUCCAGCUUUUGUUUCUGAACGCACUAUAAAGGAGACCACGGGAAACAUUGCUUGUGAUGACUGUUUCAAGUCCUUUGUCAUCCAGCAAAUCCCAAGCAGCAAUCUCUUCAUGGUGGUAGUAGAUAAUGAAUGCAACUGUGAGUCUAUCUUGCCAAUUACCAUGGAACCCAUAGAAAUAAGGUAUAAUGAAUCCCUUAAAUGUGAACGUUUAAAAUCUCAGAAGAUUAGAAGACGUCCAGAAUCUUGUCAUGGAUUUCAUCCUGAAGAGAAUGCAAGAGAAUGUGGGGGUGUUCUAGGCCUUAGUGCUAAACCUACUCUUGUUCUUCUUCCACUGCUUUUGGCAAUUUUCUCAAGGUGA